CGGGUUGUGGUUGGGGUCGGGACCUGGACCUUUCCCCUGGACGUGUCCGCGGUCGGCGCGCCCCUUCAGCCCCGCCGCCCGCUUUCGACCGGUCAGCUGCCGGUAGACAGGCGCCCGCGCGGCCGCUCUGCCAGAGGCCCGGCCCCGCCUGCGACGCUCGCAGCUCCUGGCGCCUACAGGUCCCCAGGCCAGGGCAAUGUUCCGCACCGCCGUGAUGAUGGCGGCCAGCCUGGCGCUGACCGGGGCCGUGGUGGCCCAUGCCUACUACCUCAAGCACCAGUUCUACCCCACUGUGGUGUACCUGACCAAGUCUAGCCCCAGCAUGGCAGUCCUGUACAUCCAGGCCUUCGUCCUUGUCUUCCUCUUGGGCAAGGUGAUGGGCAAGGUGUUCUUCGGACAGCUGAGGGCAGCAGAGAUGGAGCACCUUCUGGAACGUUCCUGGUAUGCUGUCACUGAGACUUGUCUGGCCUUCACGGUCUUUCGGGAUGACUUCAGCCCCCGCUUUGUUGCACUCUUCACUCUCCUUCUCUUCCUCAAGUGUUUUCACUGGCUGGCUGAGGACCGUGUGGACUUUAUGGAACGCAGCCCCAAUAUCUCCUGGCUCUUUCACUGCCGCAUUGUCUCCCUUAUGUUCCUCCUGGGUAUCCUGGACUUCCUCUUCGUCAGCCAUGCCUAUCACAGCAUCCUGACCCGUGGGGCCUCUGUGCAGCUGGUGUUUGGCUUUGAGUAUGCCAUCCUGAUGACUAUGGUACUCACCAUCUUUAUCAAGUACGUGCUGCACUCCGUGGACCUCCAGAGCGAGAAUCCCUGGGACAAUAAGGCCGUGUACAUGCUCUACACGGAGCUAUUUACAGGUUUCAUCAAGGUUCUGCUGUACAUGGCUUUCAUGACCAUCAUGAUCAAGGUGCACACUUUCCCUCUCUUUGCCAUCCGGCCUAUGUACCUGGCUAUGAGGCAGUUCAAGAAAGCUGUGACAGAUGCCAUCAUGUCUCGCCGAGCUAUCCGCAACAUGAACACACUGUAUCCAGAUGCCACCCCAGAGGAACUCCAGGCAAUGGACAAUGUCUGCAUUAUCUGCCGAGAAGAGAUGGUGACUGGUGCCAAGAGACUGCCCUGCAACCACAUUUUCCAUACCAGCUGCCUGCGCUCCUGGUUCCAGCGGCAGCAGACCUGCCCUACCUGCCGUAUGGAUGUCCUUCGGGCAUCGCUGCCGACCCAGUCACCACCGCCCCCUGAACCUGCGGAUCAGGGGCCACCACCUGCUCCCCACCCCCCACCGCUCCUGCCCCAGCCCCCCAACUUCCCCCAGGGCCUCCUGCCUCCCUUCCCUCCAGGCAUGUUCCCGCUGUGGCCCCCCAUGGGCCCCUUUCCUCCUGUUCCACCUCCCCCCAGCUCAGGAGAGGCUGUGGCCCCUCCGUCCACCAGUGCAGCAGCCCUUUCUCGGCCCAGUGGAGCAGCCACAACCACAGCUGCUUCUGCUGCCUCUGCCCCAGCACCUGGCUCUGCCUCCGCCCCCGAAGCUGGCCCCGCCCCAGGCUUCCCCUUCCCUCCUCCCUGGAUGGGCAUGCCGCUGCCUCCACCCUUUGCCUUCCCCCCGAUGCCUGUGCCUCCUGCAGGCUUUGCGGGGCUGACCCAAGAGGAGCUGCGGGCUCUGGAAGGCCAUGAGCGGCAGCACCUGGAGGCCCGGCUGCAGAGCCUGCGCAACAUCCACACGCUGCUGGACGCCGCCAUGCUGCAGAUCAACCAGUACCUCACCGUGCUCGCCUCCCUGGGGCCACCCCGGCCCACCACCUCAGCCAGCCCCACUGAGGAGACUGCCCCUACAGCUGCCACUGCUGCCUCCUCCACCAGCACCCCCAGCUCUGAGGCCACCACCCCAUCCCCGGGAACCUCCCCACCAGCCCCUGAACCUGAAAAGCCUCCAGCUCCAGAGUCCGCGGGCCCCGAGGAGCUGCCUGAGGAUGGGGAGCCUGACGCGGCAGAGCUCCGCCGCCGCCGCCUGCAGAAGUUGGAGUCCCCUGUUGCCCACUGACACUGCCCCAGUCCAGGCCCCUGCCCCUACUCUUGAGCAGUCCUCGCUGGAACAUGUCCUGCCACCAAGUGCCAGCUCCCUCUCUAUCUGCACCAGGGAGUAGUAACCCCCAGCUCUGAGACAGAAGAGGUGGCACCCUAGACCAAGUGGAAAGAGGCCUGAGGCGCCAGGUGACUCCAGCCCUGACAGCCCUGGGGAUCUUGGGUCAGUUCCAGCCUUCCUCUGCAACCCUUCAGCCCUGUGUUCUGCUGGGGCCAUGAAGGCAGAAAGGUGCAAUGUCUGAGAAACCCUCUGACCCCCCAACCCCUUUCUGGGAGAAGGGGCUGCCCCUCUGAGCCCCCCUUGUGUGUGGAGUCACGCUGCAGUGCCGAACAGUAUUAGCUCCCAUUCCCAAGUGUGGACUCAAGGGGCUGGAGGCAAGCCAGGAACUUGCUCCCUGGCCCACCCACCAAGACUGGUACCAAUGUCAUUUUCUUACCUAAACUCCCCAGAAGCCCUUUGUGGUGGUGGCUGUGCCCCUUGUGCCCUGUGGCAUUUCCAUGUCUUACUGGCAACCACACAACUCAGGGAAAGGAGUGUCUGGGGUGGAGGAGCAGGUGGGCACCACUGGGGCCCUGCUCUGCCUCUUCCCCCCAGGCCCUUUUCUCCCUGCAGUUUGUCUAAGGUGAGACAGUCCCUGGUCUCACCCAGCAGCCACUGUGCAGCCUCACUCUGGGCUGAAGGCCCUUGUGUCUGCUUCUGAACCACUGCAAGCCCCAGAACCUACGAAAGGCCAUUUCUUAACUUACAGAAUUUUUCUUGAGGUUAGAAGAAUUGGAAUUACUUCCUUGCUUUUGUCUCUUGGCUUAAAUUUUGUCUUUGACUUUGAAUGCUUGACCCCAGGAAAGUGGAGCAGGAGUGCCGAGCUCCCUGUCCUUCCAGUUUAGAAAAGGCUCUGGGCCAGGUAGGGACCACAGGAGCCGAGGCCUUGCCUGCCCCUGUCUUUUCCCCCUUGGUUUUGUGUUACAAGAGUUGCUGGAGACAGUUUUGGAUGAUUAUUUAAUUUGUAAAUAUUGUACAAAUUUUAAUAGCUUAAAUUGUAUAUACAGCCAAAUAAAAACUUGCAUUAAUGACU